UAUUCAUUUUUUACAUGAUGCAUUGGAAUCGAGCUCCAAAAAUCAGCUUGAAAAUUGCUCAUGGCACCUUAUUGCCAUCAUCAAUCGUGAUUUUACUUUUAUUUCUAACGAGCUUUGCUACGUCUUUGCCACCGCGCGUCGAUUUUGGCGGCGAGAACUUUAAUUUUCUCGUUUUUCCGAAUCCACCCUUUGAUGUGUUCGUUCGAGGACCGAAUAAUACUGUUGCUUCAUUCACCGGUGUAGCACUUAACAUUUUACAAUGGAUAGCAACCAAAUAUAACUUCAAGUACACAUUGGUGCCAGUAAAUGAAUCUCUUGUCGAGCGGUAUGGUAUGCACGAAGCAGCUUUUUACCAACUCAUCAACGAAAAAAAAAUCGACGGAAUCCCUUGCGCCUUUUUCUUGACUCAGGAUCGGAUAAAUAGGAUGGACUAUACAAGUUACUUCGUAUGGGUCGACGGGCUGAGUCUUAUUGUGCCGAAACCAGGAGAACAAAGUCGACUGUUCGCCUUUAUUGGUCCGUUCCAACCUUCUGUUUGGUUUUGGAUUCUGGUGACCAUUAUUUUUGUAGUUGGAGUGAUGACCUUUUUUACAUGGUUCUACUUUAAUCCGCUUCUUACAAACGCUAAAAACGUGUACAUCAUGAAUAGGGAAGAGCGUGACUCAUCAAAACCAAGUCAACCAACAGUGUAUUCCUCAUUGAGUUCUAACAUGAUUUACAUUGUCAACAUUAUGACAAAUCAAGGUUGCAGAGAAGCGUUCGACCGAAAUUCGUAUCGCAUUCUGGCUGGAUUUUGGCUAUUGGGUGCCAUGGUUUUGGUUAAUUCCUAUUCGGGUAUUGUCAUUUCAUCGCUGACAGUUCCAAAGAUGAUGCCUCCCAUAGAAACGCUGGAAGACUUGGCUGUUAGUAAAGAUGUUGAGAUCAUUGUUCGACACGACACUUUGAUAGGAGAGCAAAUAUUGCAAGCAAGAACUGGAGUGUAUAAAACUCUUGGAGAUCAAGCUCGUAAAUAUCCUGGUCAUAUUCUUGGCGAUCCCUUUAAAGUAAGCGCUAUGUUGGAGACCGGCAGAUAUGCGUAUCCUUUUAUCCAAGCUUUCAACUCUUGGUUUGUGGCGCAACAAUACAAAAAGGUAGGGCAGUGUCGAUUUCACGCUACCAAGCCGCUGCCGGUGCCACUCGGUUAUUAUUCUUGGCUCGUCAAAAAGGGAAAUCCGAACGCUCGCCUAUUUGAUCCAGGAUUGGUGAAAUUGUGGGAGAGUGGCCUUACGUAUUUCUGGGGUAAUAUAGCCAUUGGCAAAAACAAAGCAACCGAGUGCUUUCAGAAGAAGCGCCAGAAAAGUUCCGCCCAACAAGUUCCCAUUCGCUUAACCGAUCUGACGAGUGCCUUUUUAAUUCUCGGGAUUGGGCUUGGCUUGGCGAUCAUUGCCUUCGUACAUGAGUUAAUCAAGUCGAAAAUUCACAGUCGUACAAAAUUAUCGAUGAUUUAA